UUCCUCCUAUCCAGUUCACACAUGACAAAAGCAGGAUUGGGCCCCUCGCGGGUAUUCCCCGAACGGAACAAAGAAUAUCAUUUUGUCAUAGAAGUACUUGAAAACUGAAGCAAGGCCAAUGAGUUGGUUUUGUUCAUGAGUGUCACUAGCUGGCACAGACUGCGAACAACCAUACAAAUUCAAAAAUAGUUGCGAUUCAUGUUCAUAGUUGUCCAGUUUGAUUUGUCUCUUGAAAAUCUAGCCGAGUUCGCGACAUACAUUUUAAACUUGUCCUUCAAUACGCCAUACUGUCACUUGAAAAUCUACCCUUUCCUCUGCAUUGUUCAACCAUGCAUUAUCAUACGGGCAGGAUUCGACCUUUGGCGUUAAUGUUGAGUGCUUGCAUACUGUAUUAUUCACAAGUGAGCAGUGUGUUGGCAGGCGAUCCAAUGUCUGGGAAAGCCGACAUCAAAAUGCAGAAAGAACCCGCCUGCAGCAAUUUGACCUUCGUCACCAGAGCUGAGUGGGGUGCCAUACCCCCAAAGAAACGGCAGGACAUGGUGCUCCCAGUCGGGUACUCAGUGGUCCACCACACUGCCUCAAAGCAGUGCUCAACCCAAGAAGAGUGCUCAAAACUUAUGCGCUCCUUCCAACACUUCCACAUGGUGACACGAGGAUGGGAUGACAUAGCAUACAACUUUCUGAUCGGUGGUGAUGAGAAAGUUUACAUAGGGCGUGGUUGGGACACAGUAGGAGCACACGCUGGAUCUACUUAUUACAACAGUCACUCAAUCGGCACAUCCAUCAUCGGAAACUACAAUGACAUCCUGCCAACCCCCGGUGUACUUCAGGUUUUAAAGGAUCUGAAUGAGUGUGGUGCCAAGUCAGGCUACAUGACCUCAAGAUACGUCCUUCGUGGCCACCGUGAUGUCAGGCAACUCGGCCCCACAGACUGCCCAGGCGAGACCCUAUAUAAAGAGAUCCGAACAUGGCCUCACUACCUCGAGUCGGACAAGACAUCCCAUCCAGAGUCGGACAAGACAUCCCAUCCGGAUGGAAUGUUUGAAGUGGCACUUCGUGAAACUGCUGACGAGUUAUUGGAAACCGUCCAACCCGGAUCCUUCCAGUUCAAAAAGACCCAAGCCAGCUCGGGUGGGGGCGAUAAUCAACCUGCUUGCAGCAAUUUGACCUUCGUCACAAGAGCACAGUGGGGUGCCAUACCCCCAAAGAAACGGCAGGACAUGGUGCUCCCUGUCGGGUACGCCGUGGUCCAUCACACUGCCUCAAAGCAGUGCUCAAACCUAAAAGACUGUUCAGUACUGAUGCGCUCUUUCCAACACUUCCACAUGGUGACACGAGGUUGGGAUGACAUUGGAUACAACUUUCUGAUCGGAGGCGAUGAGAAAGUUUACAUAGGGCGUGGUUGGGACACAGUAGGAGCACAGGCUGGGUCUAUUUAUUACAACAGUCACUCCAUUGGCACAUCUAUCAUCGGAACCUACACCAAAAUCCUGCCAAGUCCCGGGGUUCUGCAGGUUUUAAAGGAUCUGAAUGAGUGUGGGGCCAAGUCAGGUUACAUGACCUCAAGAUACGUCCUGCGUGGCCACCGUGAUGUGAGGCAACUCGGUCCCACGGAAUGCCCAGGCGAGACCCUCUAUAAAGAGAUCCGAACAUGGCCUCACUACCUCGAGCCCUACAAUAUUUAGGAUCUUAUUCAAGUCUCAGCGUAUUGUACGCAAUUUCUUUUCUUGUUUUCACAAAUUGAUUGCUUUAUGUUUUUCGUGUAUUUUUCUAGGAUUUAAAAACCUGAAUCAUCAAACUAAUUAGGCAUACAGCAUAAACAAAAACUAUAGGCGCGGUUUUUUAAUACAAUUCCCGCAAUUAAUAAACUACACGGUGAUGUCACAUUUUUCUAACGAAACGAUUGCCUUUUUUUGUAAAAAAAAAAGAGUGCAUCUUGAGUAAACGUGUGUACGCAAUUAUACAUUUUUAAGAUAACGAUUUAGUGUGAGCCUGAUUGUUUUCAAUAAAUAAGUUUGAAUUUUCA